AUGUCAUCAUCAUCAUCAUCAUCAUCAUCAUCAUCAUCAUCAUCAUCAUCAUCAUCAUCAUCAUCAUCAUCAUCAUCAUCAUCAUCAUCAUCAUCAUCAUCAUCAUCAUCAUCAUCAUCAUCAUCAUCAUCAUCAUCAUCAUCAUCAUCAUCAUCAUCAUCAUCAUCAUCAUCAUCAUCAUCAUCAUCAUCAUCAUCAUCAUCAUCAUCAUCAUCAUCAUCAUCAUCAUCAUCAUCAUCAUCAUCAUCAUCAUCAUCAUCAUCAUCAUCAUCAUCAUCAUCAUCAUCAUCAUCAUCAUCAUCAUCAUCAUCAUCAUCAUCAUCAUCAUCAUCAUCAUCAUCAUCAUCAUCAUCAUCAUCAUCAUCAUCAUCAUCAUCAUCAUCAUCAUCAUCAUCAUCAUCAUCAUCAUCAUCAUCAUCAUCAUCAUCAUCAUCAUCAUCAUCAUCAUCAUCAUCAUCAUCAUCAUCAUCAUCAUCAUCAUCAUCAUCAUCAUCAUCAUCAUCAUCAUCAUCAUCAUCAUCAUCAUCAUCAUCAUCAUCAUCAUCAAAAUAA